UUUAAUAGUGCGUCUUCUUAAAUUCACUGAAAAUCCCCAAACUGGUUUGUAAAUUAGGGUUAGGGUUAGGGCUUUGAUCUUGAAGGGGAAGGAUGAUAGACAUCCAGAAGCGGCGGGUUCAGCUCGCCCUCUUGAUUGGCGGCAUCAUUGUUCUCAGCAUGACAGCUGAGAAAUUUAGGGAGUUUGUCGGAGAUGAAGCAUCAUCAAAGAGUGGGAAGUUCACCUUUCUGAACUGCUUCGAUAUGGGCUCCGGUAGUCUGGCCUGUGUUGCGAAAGAAGGUGUAAAGCUCUACGUGUAUAGUAUCAGAAGUGCUCAUGUUGAGAAAAUACGGCAACGUGCAACUGAGGUUGCACUCACUGAGGCACUGACGGGAGGAUUGACUCCCGCUGUCGCGGCCAAGGAGGCACAAAAGGCCGGAACAAAAGCCGCAAAGCAGGCCACGAGGGAAGCCAAACGCAUCACAGGACCAAUCAUAUCCUCAGGUUGGGACUUUUUCGAAGCGAUAUACUAUGGUGGUUCAAUGACCGAAGGCUUUCUUAGGGGUAUAGGCACAUUGUUUGGCACCUAUGCCGGAGGAUUCCACGGAGAACAGAGACUCGGCAAAUUAGGUUAUCUUAUGGGAAGUCAUUUUGGCAGUUGGGUUGGAGGUAGGAUAGGACUGAUGGUAUACGAUAUCGGCAAUGGAUUGCAUUAUUUGCUUCAAUUUGUCGAACCAGAAGCAAACACUGGUUCCGAAGAUGUUUAUAAUGCAGAAGAAAAUGAAGGCAAUUAUUGGAGGCGAGACGACGAAAGUUCUGAGUACUAUCAGACUCAAGAAGAGAAUUCGGAGUCUUCAGAAGGUUGGAGUCUUUUCUGAGACAUGGUGAUGCUGCACAAAAUUUAUGCUGAAUUUUUAUCACAUGAUAUAGAAUAACAUUUUUUAUGAAUCAAUGUUUCUGUAAAUUAUAGUGUUGAGCAUGUUGUCAGUAUAUUUUUGUUGAAUGUGAUGUUAAUUAUAUAGCUGUUCCUUUCAGCUUUUUUUGUAUUAUCAUAGUGACUAAUAUUCUCAGGA